ACCUCUUCUGGAUCGGGUUCGUCAUCUGAUGAAGAGUCUCUGUCAGGAGAAGUGCUUGCUAAACUGAUGGAACAAGUGGAAGAGAGAAAGAAACUAAUAUCCAACAUUAGGAAUAAACCUUGGAGAAUGAAGAAAAAGCUGGCAACUCUUAAGAAAGCCCAGGCAUUCGUAGAGAAAUUUGAAGGUGCUUUGGGGAAGGGAAAAGGAAGAAAAUUUUUUGCCUAUAAAAUGAUGAUGCUAAAGAAAUGGAUUAAAUUUAAAAGAGAUUUUGAUAAUUUUAAGACUACGUGUAUACCAUGGGAAAUGAAGAUUAAAGAAGUUGAAAGUCACUUUGGCUCAUCUGUCGCUUCUUACUUUAUUUUCUUACGAUGGAUGUACGGGCUGAACAUGGUUCUAUUUGGCUUAGUUUUUGGAUUGGUUGUAAUACCAGAGUUGUUAAUGGGAGUACCUUUUGGGAGCAUUCCCAGAAAGACAGUACCAAGAAAUGAGCAACCAACAGCUAUGGACUUUUCUAUACUUUGGGAUUUUCAGGGUUAUGCAAAAUAUUCUGCUCUAUUUUAUGGAUAUUACAAUAAUCAAUGGUCGAUUGGAUGGUUGAAAUUCAGGCUGCCUUUGUCGUAUUUUUUGGUUGGGAUUGGUUCAUUUGGGUAUAGUCUGAUGGUUGUAAUAAGAACGAUGGCCAGAAAUGCUAAUGAGAGUACAGGUGAAGGAGAUGAUGCAAACUUCACUUUCAGCUGGAAAAUGUUCACAAGCUGGGACUAUCUGAUUGGCAAUCCAGAAACAGCAGACAACAAGUAUGCCUCUAUAACCACCAGCUUUAAGGAGUCAAUUGUGGAUGAACAAGAGAAUCAAAAAGAUGAAAACAUACAUUUAACAAGAUUUCUUCGGGUCAUAGCAAAUGUUCUCAUCCUGUGUUGCUUAGGUGGUAGCGGCUACCUCAUUUAUUUUGUUGUAAAACGUUCACAAGACUUUGCAAAGAUGGACAAUGCUGGAUGGUAUGAAAGAAAUGAGGUUGAAAUUGUUAUGUCCUUGUUAGGAAUGUUUUGCCCUCCUUUAUUUGAGACCAUUGCUGGCAUAGAGAAUUACCAUCCUCGUAUUGCACUGAAAUGGCAACUAGGUCGAAUUUUUGCACUAUUUCUUGGAAAUCUUUACACAUUUUUACUUGCCUUAAUGGAUGAUGUAAAUGAAAAGCUGAAAGAAGAAGAUGUCAUUAAAAAUGUAACUUACCUGACACUACAAAGCUACUACAAUUUUAGCCAGGAAAGUAAUAGUACUGCAACUGUACCUGUUAUAGAUCCUGCUGAUGUACCUCGAGGACCUUGCUGGGAAACAACUGUUGGUAUUGAGUUUGUGAGGUUAACUGUAUCUGACAUAUUAGUGACUUAUGUAACCAUACUGAUUGGUGACUUUUUACGCGCUGUUACCGUCAGAUUUUUGAACUAUUGCUGGUGCUGGGACCUUGAAGCUGGAUUCCCUUCAUAUGCUGAAUUUGAUAUUAGUGGAAAUGUCUUGGGACUCGUCUUCAAUCAAGGAAUGAUCUGGAUGGGUGCGUUUUAUGCUCCUGGUCUGGUGGGAUUAAACAUUCUUCGUCUGCUAACAUCCAUGUACUUCCAGUGUUGGGCAGUCAUGAGCAGCAAUGUACCGCACGAGCGUGUGUUCAAGGCCUCACGAUCGAAUAACUUUUACAUGGGUCUUCUCCUCCUGAUCCUCUUCAUGAGCCUGCUGCCAGUUGCUUACACUAUUAUGUCACUUCCUCCUUCAUUUGACUGUGGACCAUUUAGUGGCAAAAACAGGAUGUAUGAUGUCAUUUAUGAAACAAUUGAAAAUGAUUUCCCAGCAUUUGUGGGGAAGUUGUUUGGAUACAUAGCAAACCCAGGACUGAUAAUUCCUGCUGUGCUCCUUAUGAUAUUGGCCAUAUACUAUCUAAAUGCUGUUUCAAAGUCUUAUCAACAAGCUAAUUUAGAGCUGAAAAAGAAAAUGCAGAUGCAACAUGAAGAAGAAAAAAACAGACUGAACAACAAAAGCACCACCAAUGAAACCAUGCUCGAUCUUGAAGAGCUGCUACCUGUUAAUGCUAGAAACAAAGCAGCAUUAGCUGAACAAGAAAAGGCAGCAUCAGAUCCAAGUAAUGGAAAUGGCUUACUCACAAAGGAAGAACGUUUGACAAAGCAUGGCACUGGGGUCAAUAAUGACAGCAGAGCGGUACAGCCAUCUAUCCCUCAAAUAGCUGUGACACGGCCACCAGGACAAUUACCAGGCCAGCCAAGAACCAGAAAUCAACAGCAACUAGGACCCCAUCCAGGAAUGGGAAGAGGAAGUCCUCGGCAUUAACUCCAUCUACUGAUUCAGAUGCUGUUUUUGUGCUUUGGAAUUGCAUAUGUACCUAUUAUGUUGUCAUAAAGGCUUACUAUCCCUAA